AUGUCGCUUUCUGACGCGUUUGACCAGACUUUACCCAAGAAGUACGACGGGAUGAGCUCUUUGGAUGUGAUGAGACGUCUGGGCGACGGUGCGGACGAGACGAUGGACACGAGCAUCAGCGAGACUACAGAACGCCAUGACGAAAGCGUUGUUACAAACUUCCAGCUCGGCACGUUGCCUGUCGACGAGCCCGACGUGCCGAAAACCAUACUUGAGAGUCAGAAUUUUCUGCCAGAUACUCAGGAUGACGAGUCGGAGACUGUUCGAGAGGCUGUUCGGGAAGCCAAGCGACUUGCUGAGCAGAAACGAAGGAAACGCGAGCAGGAGCUGCGGAGCAAGGGCCUGAACCAAAUUAUGGAGAACGAGGCCGAGGAGUCUGAGGACGAGUGGCAGGGAAUGGGAGGCCGUGACGGCGAGAUUUCUGACGAGGAGAACAGUGAAGAUGAGAAAAUGCUGAACGACGCUGCGAUCGACGUGAACAGCGAUGCGAUCCGCGAAGCCCUGUUGAAGAACGAGGUAGCUGCGGAUGACGAGAUGGUGAAGAAGAUUUAUAAGGAUAUCAAGACUGGAGCGUUCAGAAAGAGGCGCGCACGUGACGGCGCAUACGAGCUGGAGCUGAGCGACGACGAGGACCAGCAGAUACUUGAGUACUACAAUCGGCGUCGUCUGGAGCAGCAGCGGCAGCAGAUGAUGCAGAGCAAGGACGUCAAGGAGCUUGCUAAGGAUAGCAACCGCAAAGCGUUUUUCGACACCAUCAUGGAGACCGAGGAGAGCAGCUACCAAUUUGAAGAGGAGCCGGAGGAUCCUGAGGAGGAAGAUAAUGUGGGCGAUGAGGACGAAGAGGAGGAGGCUUUGGUGAUGCCUAAAAGGCGGAAAAUCACGAGGGAGCAGGUCCGGUCAAUGAUCUCGUUCCUGGAAGACGAGGACAAGCCUCAGGACGCCAUAUACAUAGACGACGACGGGUACGAGGAAAUCAAGCAGAUGCGCGAAAGCUCUGUUGUGCUGGCUGAGCGGACAGAAACACGACGGGUGGAGGUCCAUGAAGAGCAAGAGGAUGAGGAAUUAGGCAUUCUCGCAAGAAAAUCGAUCACCUCGAGCUUCCGGACGAGCUCGCUCAAAAAUGAACGAAAAGUGCACGAAGUCAAUGUGACGACGAGCUCCAAGCCUGUUGGAGACGGCCGCGGAGCCGUUACAUUCCUGACAAAGGCCCCACGGCUGCUGAAGCCCAAGGAGGCUCGCAUCGAGCAGACGCUGCACAGGCGACAGCUCAAGGUAAAGGGCGGCGAGUGGAAAACAUAG